CGUCAUAACUGCUGGCUCAAGAACUCCUUCCCCUGGGAAGAGAUCAGGACAAGAUUACGGGUGAGAUGAAGGAGAGAUGAAGGGAACAGAACAGCAGACCCUGUGGUCAGAUGCAUUAAGGAAAGAAACACCAGAAAAACUGAGGCUGGAGCAACCCCGGAGUACAGAAGAAGCCCUCGUGUAACUGCAGGAUUUUUUUUUCCAUGAGAAGAAAAGUAAUUUCCCCAAAGAAAAGUGAUGCCUUCUCUUGACAGACUGAAAUGGGUAGCAGGAGUGGCAAGAUGAAGAUGAAAAAUUAGACCAUUACUGGCUCUCUCAGUCCUUUUGCCUGAACGAAGCCUCAGAAUAUUAGAGAGACCUCUAAUCAAAUCCGAACUAGCCAUGGAUUGCUGUAAAACAAUGCAUCAGUCCUGGAUUUUUCCCACCACCAUUCUCUGUAUCUAUGGGUUUUUCUCCACCAUGAGACCAUCAGAGCCAUUUCUCACACCUUACUUAACUGGACCAGAUAAAAAUCUGACCCUCAAUGAGGUCUCCAAUCAUAUGUUUCCAGUUUGGACUUACUCUUAUUUGGUGCUGCUAUUCCCCGUGUUUGUGUUGACUGAUUACCUUCGGUAUAAGCCCAUCAUCAUCUUACAAGGAGUUAGCUUUUUGGUUACCUGGUUGCUGCUCUUAUUUGCCCAAGGAUUAUUAGCCAUGCAGGUUGUGGAGUUUUUCUACGGGUUGGUCACAGCCACAGAAGUGGCCUAUUACUCCUACAUUUACAGUGUGGUCAGUGUGGAACACUACCAAAAAGUAACAAGUUACUGUAGAAGCAUCACACUAGUGGCCUACACUGCUGCUUCCGUGCUAGGGCAGCUCUUGGUCUCCCUGGCAAAUGUAUCUUACUUUUCCCUCAAUGUUAUAACCAUGGCUUCUGUCUCCUUGGCAUUUGUUUUCACGUUUUUUCUGCCAAUGCCCCAGAAAAGCAUGUUCUUCCAUAAAAAGUCCGGGGUAGAAACUCCUCAAGGAUCACCAGACAAGGAUGUAGUGGCGCUAGAGAUGCCUAGUAAUGGAAGCUCACCAGCCUUCCAAGAAGAUGGCAUCAUUCCAGAAUCAUCUGCCCAAUCAGGAAGGCAGCCAGAAAGCCGAUCAGCUGACAUUCAGCCAAGAAGCCUGGUGCUGAAAGUGUUUUUGCAGUGGUGCCAAGACUUGAAGGAGUGCUACUUAACCAAACAUCUUCUUUUCUGGUCCAUUUGGUGGGCUUCUUCCACAGCUGGCUAUAACCAAGUGGUAAACUACGUCCAGCUUCUGUGGGAUCACAAGGCACCAUCUCAAAGCUCUCCUGUGUAUAACGGAGCAGUAGAAGCUGUCGCAACGUUUGGAGGUGCUAUGGCAGCCUUUGCUGUGGGAUAUGUGAAAAUCAACUGGGAUCUUUUGGGAGAGUUGGCUUUAGGAAUCUUCUCAGCCCUGGAUGCUGGUUCACUCUUCCUCAUGCAUUUCACCAACAACAUCUGGGUGUGCUAUGCUGGCUUUCUGAUUUUCAAAUCAGGCUAUAUGCUUCUCAUAACCAUCGCAGUAUUUCAGAUUGCAGUGAAUCUCAGCAUGGAACGCUAUGCUUUAGUUUUUGGAGUCAAUACCUUCAUGGCCUUGGUGAUUCAGACCAUAAUGACAUUAAUCGUAGUUGACUCUAGAGGUCUGAGUCUGCACAUCGACAUUCAGUUCCUAAUUUACGGGACCUACUUUUUCGUUAUUGCCGGGAUUUUUAUAGUGAGAAGUAUUUAUAUAAUCUAUUCUACUAAAUGCAAAAAAGAGAAAAUAGCUACCAUCACCAACCCAGAUUCAAAUGAAGCAACACCAGAAGAAUGUAACCAAUCAACAAAGCUUUAGCUCUGUUCACAUUGGUCUCGGGGUUUUUUUUGUUUUGUUUUUUGGGGUUUUUUUUGCAGAAUAUUACUUUGAUUCAAAAUGUGCUAUUUUUAAAAAUUGAUUCAUGACCAUGAAUCAAAAAAUGUGGGUUGACUAGCUGCCAAUGGACCUGUUCCAAAGCACCAUCAAUCUCAGUCCCACCAGACCAGGUCUUCAGCUGACCUCAGGUAAAUUGGGUGCCACCAAGAUAUUCGGUCAUUCUGAUUAGGAUAACCUAUGUGCAUAUGUCAAGUGAAGAACAUAGGUCUCCAAUUCCCAACUGUACUGCUCACGAGCCACAGUGUGUCAGGACAACUGAAGCUUUUUGACAACCUAAGGAUGUAAAGGUGAGCAUUCUCUCCAUCUGCAUAAACUGCUAAAUGGACCAGCCAGAAUUUCUUCUCAACAGAUGUCUGGUUUUGCCAAAACAAACAGCUCCCAUGAAAAUGUUCACUAUUGCAUCAUUCUUCCUCCUCCUUAAUUAAGCACACCCUCUGAGCUACUUAUAAUUCUCCUGGAAAAUACAGCCAUCUGUGCUCGUGUCUGAAGGACACCCCACUAAACCCUGAAAUGCUGAGGUGUUGCUCAGAAACUGUCACUGGAUGAGUUCCCAACCAGUUGUUCCUUAUCUCAAUUAUUAAACCAUGUUGUCAAGAGACUAAAGUAGAUUUUAGAAACUCAUCAGGGUGCUAGUUCUGGCUCCGAGCUCAGCUCCCAGUGUGACCCAUACACCUCAGUUGCACUCACUUCCAUUUGACAGGGAGUAUAUCAUUAUAUCAUUGUUAUCAUUUUCUUGAAGGAAAGGACCUACUGGAAAGGAUUUCUGAAAUCUCUUUAUUUUGCCCUCCCUCAAAAGAGAGAUUUCCAGAAAUCCUUUC